AUGUUAAAACUGAUUAGAAUAAAUUUCCAAAGUUAUUCUCAGUUACUUCAAAGAUGUCACUUGUUGGAGAGUAGGAGAGGCUACGUUCAUUUUCAUCGAUCAAAAUCACAUGAUUUUGAGCUCCCUCUGGACACUAUGCCCAAGGACAUUGACGCUUUGAUGCGUUCUGACCCUCAGAAGAUGGACUACUUCGGUAGUUACUGGUACUGGCGCAUAAGAGGUGAGUCAACACUAAUGGACACGGACACUCUUCCUCAAAAGAGCUACAAACAGUUGGCUAAGGACCUCGGGAUGCAGGUCGUUUCCGAGCCCUCAGAACACAUGCUGGGCUUACUUGAGUUGUAUGAGUAUUUGAAGACUUCUGCAUUUGUUGGUCCUUUUGGUACUAUACAAAAUCCUGUAUUAGUACCCUCAGUAAUGACUGAAAGGGUGGUUGGAUGUACCGGGGGGAGCGGUGAGCACGAACAUGUUCCAUUGUGGUUCCGAUGUCGUGAGGGGUUUCUGUACCGUUGCGGAGAAUGCGAUCAGAUUUUUAUGCUCGUUAGAGUGCUCUAUUCGUUACCAGACGGCGAAGAUCCUUUUCCUCCUGACCCCGACGUCAACGACGUAUUUGAUAACGACAUUAUUGCCAAGGGGCAUUUUAAAUGGAAUACUGGCGAUUAUCUCAAAUGGCCUUUAGGAAAUGCCACUUAUAAACAGUUAUUUUUACAAGGUAAAUGGGGAAAUGUACCAAUGGAUAAUUACGAACCGGACACAAGUGAUGUAGUUGAUAUGCAGCCGCUUCACAAACACAAACAAUAUUCACAACUCUAG